GGGAGCGCGCAUUUUCUUUUUCUCUUUUUUCUCUCCAGCAGCUCAGAGGAGAGAGUUUGGUUUCAGGAGAGGGAGGAGAAGGGACUACAUGGAGGACUACACUGCUCUUAUUCUGCACUAACAAAAUGACCUAAAGUCUCCAGCGUCCGUUAGGAAACCGUGCAGUGUUUCAGAGUGUUGUUUUUUAUUAUCGACAAACAGGAAAAGAGGAUCUCUGAAGUGGAGGCGCUCCUCCUGAGUUUAGUAAUCUGGAGCCGCUGAUGUUGCCAGUUCCUCCGAGAAAAAGACGGGAUCCAGCAGAGAAAGCCCGGAGAAGAACUUUGUGCAAGAUGCAGGGGGUUUCAGCUACUGAUCUCCCUGCCUCCUCUCUGCCGUACCAGUCGGUGGAGUACGUAUGUUCUCCACGGCUGGUAAAGAAAAUUCCGAUCCCCAGACCAUGUCACGACAGGCCUGCCGUCAAACCCCGGCCCCAGUCCUCCACCUUGCCCAGACCGCCAACCGCACAGAAACCUCAAGAUUCAAGAGACCCUGUGCCAGAAGCAGCAAAGCAGCCCCAUAACAUAACCGAGCCUCCUCCAUGUUUCACAUUAGUGCCCCCUAAACCUUCGCACCUGCUCGCCCUUGGGCAAGACAAGAAACCUAAGAGUAUCCCUCCGCCGCCAUCCAGGCCUCUGCCAGCUCCCCCUCCUCCGCCUAAACCAAAGGUCUGUCUAACCCCGCCGAUCUCAAGAGCACAUCCACCAAAGGUCCCUCUAACCCCGCCGAUCUCAAGAGCACAUCCACUGAAGCUCCCUCUAACCCCGCCGAUCUCAAGAGCACAGACACCCAAGCUCUGUCUAACCCCGCCGAUCUCAAGAGCACACCCACCGAAGCUCCCUCUAACCCCGCCGAUCUCAAGAGCACAGCCACCGAAGGUCCCUCUAACCCCACCGAUCUCAAGAGCACAGCCACCGAAGCUCCCUUUAACCCCGCCGAUAUCAGGAGCACAGCCACAGAAAGAGGCCCAGAAGGUGGGGCUGCUCAUCGAGAGGUUCGAGAAUUCAAAGGUUCCCAUCCUGGGGGUGCUCCCACGGUCCCAGCUGCACCUGUGUCUGAGAAUGGACACUGUGUCUGACAUCACUUCCUCCUGCGGCCAGGACACCACGGCGGAUGUCGCAGGAGACUCCUCCCCUGUGGACAAACUUUCACUUGGCACCUCCGAACGGACUCACGACGUGUCCGAACUUUCCUCUCUGGCUUCUGUGCACAUCGACGGCUCAGAUGACGCCCCGUUGGACGAAUGUGACAUGACAAACAGCGUCGGUUGCCUUGACGACAUGGAGCAGGAGAAAGGCUCCUCCCACGAGCUCCUAGACAAUCCGGACUCUUCGGAGCAGAACGGGAAGAUUCCCAACCGGGACAGUGGCAUCGACAGCCCGUCAUGCGCUGCAGAGGGGGAAGUGUUUCCCAACGAGGACGCCAUCGACGAGGAGGACCAUUACGACAGCGUCACUGAAACGGAGAGCGUGUCCUGCGUUACCCUUGGCAACAAGCGAGACUCAACGCAGGAUGAGGACAGUGACUUGGAUGAGGGGAGCAGUGGAGAAAUCCACUCUCUGACAGACACACAGACUGGCUAUCUGACAGAAGCACCCUCAGAGGCACACAAAUGCUCAGAGACUCAGAAGCUCCUGAACAUCGCCAAAGAGCUUCUCCAGACUGAAGAGGCCUACGUCAAAAGACUCAACCUCCUCGACCAGGUAUUUUGCACUAAGCUCACAGAGGCUGGAAUCCCUCAGGAUGUGAUUACAGGGAUCUUCUCCAACAUCUCCUCCAUCUACUGCUUCCAUGACAAGUUCCUGUUGCCUGAGCUCAAGACACGCAUCACUGGAGAAUGGGACUCCAAGCCUCGUAUUGGAGACAUUCUCCAGAAACUGGCUCCGUUCAUGAAGAUGUACGGAGAAUAUGUGAAGAACUUUGACCGAGCCAUGGAACUGGUCAGCGUCUGGACACAGCGGUCUUCGGUGUUCAAGAGUACUGUCCACAAUAUACAGAAACAGGAUGUGUGUGGGAACCUGACGUUGCAGCACCACAUGCUGGAGCCGGUCCAAAGGAUUCCUCGCUAUGAGCUGUUGCUCAAAGACUACCUGAAGAAGCUGCCUGAUGACGCUCUUGACCGAAAAGACGCAGAGAAGGCAGUGGAGCUCAUCUCUACAGCAGCAAACCAUUCCAAUGCAGCAAUCAGGAAAAUGGAGAAGAUGCACAAGCUGCUGGAGGUUUACGAGAGGCUCGGAGGAGAGGAGGACAUGAUUAACCCAGCCAAUGAGCUCAUCAAAGAAGGACAUAUCAAGAAGAUGUCAGCCAAAAAUGGAACAGCACAAGACCGAUACCUCUACUUGUUCAACAAUAUGGUGCUAUACUGCGUGCCUAAACUCAGACUGAUGGGACAGAAGUUCAGUGUCAGAGAGAGGAUCGACAUCGCUGGCAUGGAGGUGCAGGAGAAAGUGAAGCAGAACCUUCCUCACACGUUUGCCAUCAAUGGCAAGCAGCGUUCACUGGAGCUGCAAGCAAGGACAGCUGAGGAGAAAGAAGAUUGGAUUCAGGUGAUCCAGGCCACUAUCGAACGGCACAAACAAAACAGCGAGACAUUCAAUAAAGCUUUCAACAGUUCCUUCUCCCGGGAAGAUGACCACCCCCCUGAGUCACCGGGUCCCUGGUGCAACGCAUCCGUUGACUCAGAUGGUGAAAAACUGCAUGAAAGGAAGAGUUCCAGGAAAAAGGAGAAAGAGAAGCAAACGUGUAAAGGCUGCAACGAGACCUUCAACUUCACAAAGCGCAAACACCACUGCAAGUCCUGCGCAGCGGCCAUCUGUGCAAAGUGUUCAAAGACCUUGGACAACAAAACGAGCCGAGUGUGCCCGGAGUGUUUCGAAGCCAGCCUCAGCAUUGAGACUCGAGGUGUUAGUGAACAGAAAAGGAAAGCUGUGCCUGAGAUACAGACAUCUCUAACGGGGGACAACUGCCUGCUAUGUGGCCACCUUCAAGUGCAGGAGAAAGGGAAGAGCUGGUCCAAGAUGUGGGUGGCUGUCACCAAGGCUGAGCCACUGGUGCUGUACCUGCAGAGCAGCGGACAGGACUCCAAGGGGGCGCGGAUGGUGCCUCUCCCUGGGUUCGAAGUGAGCGUGUUGCCGCCGUCGGGAGGCGAGAAGUCGGACAUCAAAUACGCGUUCCGGCUCAGUUACGCCCAGCAAACUGUGCUCUUAAGUGCCCAAGAUGUAGAACUUCAGGCCAAGUGGGUGGACGUCCUCUCCAAAGCUACCCGUGGAGAAACGCCCACAGACGCAUUGAGGCUGACUGAACACAGGAAGAGACAGUAGCGGCCAUGUUGGAGCCACAGGACUCGCUCCCCCUCCCUCCUUCUCGUGUGUUUAGAGCACACAUUACUUGAAUUCACUUUACCUUGGCACUUUUUGUUUUUUCCCCCUUUUGAAAGGACCACUCAAUCCUUCCUAUGCCACUUCAAUCUUCUCCUCAUGACCACACAGCUACGUCUCUCUUUUAUCUCCCUGUCUCUCUUGAACACACAGAAUAACAAGGACUUUGCUAUCAAGCCACCAACGCCACUGUAUGUAUGUAUGUGUGGUUCGGAUAUUUUAGUGUUUUUCAAACGGUGGAGAGGACUAAAUGUUUUAUUUGUAAUAUAGCUGAAGAAGGUUCCUGUAUGAUUUUUUUAAAAGAUGAAGUUUCUUGUACAUUACGCGACUGUGUUGUGAAGCAUUAAAUCUUAUGUGUCCGUCUUUCCAUUUGUGCGAAAGUAUGUAUGUUUGAGUGCGAGUCCCCUCCCGUGUUUAUUAAGUAUUGAACGUUAGUGUAAGAAACCUCUGUUCUGUUCUCUUCACUCCUGCUGGGGACACAAGGGCAGUUCAGUGGAUAUAUUGUACAGUAUGUAUACUAUAGUGCGAUGUAAGAAAACAAGAAAAAAAGACAUUUUAACUUAAGAAGACACAGAGAUGUGUACGCUUGUGGCUGGCCACCUGAUGCUCCCACUGUCAGCUCCCAUCUUACAGACCCUCUCUUCAUACUUCUCUCAUCUAUAGAGGUAAUAACUCCCUCCCGUCAUUGUCCUUGGACUCUGAGACCUCUAAUCUGAGUUUGAUCCACCACAUUUCCACUCUGUCAUGUCUGUGACUCAUCCAGAUGAGUGGACACAGCCAGAAUGGGAUCAAGUGGCCUCAAUCUGACCCUGUGCUGCAGGUUCAGUCCCUCAAUAACUCCACUUGUACACACAUGCUUAAUAAAUCAUUUCCAUAUACUUCUCUCUCUCUUUCUUAGCAUAGCAACCGUCUGCCUGCUUUCUCCCCCUUUGGUGAUGUGAUGGAAACCAAGUACUGUACUGUAAAACUGUUAAUUCUGCCUUGCCCCCCAUCCCUUGCUCCUAUCAGCCACCAGCCUUUAAGCAAAAGUAGCAAAAAAAACCUUGUCAUUUGGAUCUUUUUGUGCAUGUAAACUCACUCAUCAUAUUUAUGUACCGUGCUCUGAAAUCCUGCCCCCUGUCCCUCUUUUUAUGCUCCAGGAUUCAUUCUUGUCGUACUGUAAGUGAGCCACAGUGAGUGUUUUAAACAUGGAUUGUGCACAGUGGAAAAGCAGUCAAGCAUAUCAUCAAUAAACAGACAAUGUGAUUCAUUCAGUACGCGCUGUCCAACAAGA